GACACUUGAAAUUAAAACGCAGCAUGCAGUUUUAAAGUGAAGUGAAAAACAAUUAAAUCUGAAAAUUUUGCAUUCAACAAGUGAUAGUGCAGUGCAAACAAAUAUCAUUAUAAAAUUGUUAUUGAAAAAAUUUAUUAUAAGAUUAAUUAAAAAAUGCAAGCACUCAUGCCCACACUCGUUGCCCGCACGUUCCUCUGUGUUUUGUUGUUCAUCAAUGUUUUUAAUACACUCGCGAACAUCGCGCAUGGACAAUAUUUAAUUAAUCCAAAUAUGUUUACGGAAAUCAAAUCAAAAACUUAUGAACUGCUCGAUCCCAAUAUCCAACUAAAGGAGCAAGGGUAUUUCGAUGUUGUUGAAAAGCCUGAGCAGUUUUUUGAUAUGGAAGAAAUUAAAAUUGCGCCAAACAGCAAACGUAACAGAGGCAAUAAAUCCCCUGCACAUGUGCAGCAGCUCAUGAAAUUAGCGACUUUAGCGGCAGCAUCAACAUCAGACGAUGACGUAGCUUCCGGCGAGAGGAAGAUAAAAGCUAAAAAGAAUCUACCCGCUCUUCUGUUUAAUAAUGAUUUAAAAGAGAUACAUGAUAUAAAUGCCAAAAAUAUUGAAAACGAUUCGAGGCACAGUUCUUUAUAUGAACGCAACACCAUUGUGGAGCCAACAUUGCCCAUAGAAAAAAUAAGCGCCAAAAAAAAAUUAAAAAAUAAUCUUAAAGGAGUUGACUCGUAUGGAAUUUUAAAUACAAGCCCAAGCUCAUCGUUGAUCACGUGCUGCGUCAAACCUUAUCAACAGCAACAAGUUGCUUGCUUUAAUAUGAAAAAAAAAUGGCAAAAUGUCAAUAUAGCUGAAGAAGAGCCACGUCAAAAUCAUCACAAUGGGGUGGCAUGA